CAUGGGCAAGAAGCACAAGAAGCACAAGACCGAGUGGCGCUCGUCCUACGAGGAUUACACAGACAAGCCCUUGGAGAAGCCCCUGAAGCUGGUCCUCAAGGUUGGAGGAAGUGAAGUGACUGAGCUCUCAGGGUCUGGGCACGACUCCAGUUACUAUGAUGACAGGUCAGACCACGAGCGCGAGCGACACAGAGAGAAAAAGAAGAAGAAGAAAAAGAAAUCGGAGAAGGAGAAGCACCUCGAUGACGAAGAAAGAAGGAAAAGAAAGGAAGAGAAGAAGCGGAAACGGGAAAAAGAGCAUGGCGACACGGAGGGAGAGGCCGAUGACUUUGAUCCUGGGAAGAAGGUGGAUGUGGAGCCGCCCCCUGAUAGGCCCGUGCGCGCGUGCCGGACGCAGCCAGCUGAGAACGAGAGCACGCCUAUUCAGCAACUGUUAGAGCACUUUCUCCGCCAGCUCCAGAGAAAAGAUCCUCAUGGAUUUUUUGCUUUUCCUGUCACGGAUGCAAUUGCUCCUGGAUACUCAAUGAUAAUAAAACAUCCCAUGGAUUUUGGCACAAUGAAAGACAAGAUUGUAGCCAAUGAAUACAAGUCUGUCACAGAAUUUAAGGCAGAUUUUAAGCUGAUGUGUGAUAAUGCCAUGACCUACAACAGACCAGACACUGUGUACUACAAGUUAGCCAAGAAGAUCCUUCACGCAGGCUUUAAGAUGAUGAGCAAACAGGCAGCUCUUCUGGGCAAUGAAGAUACAGCCGUCGAGGAACCUGUUCCUGAAGUGGUACCUGUACAAGUAGAAACUGCCAAGAAAUCCAAAAGGCCGAGUAGAGAAGUCAUCAGCUGCAUGUUUGAGCCAGAAGGAAAUGCUUGCAGCCUGACGGACAGCACGGCGGAGGAGCAUGUCCUGGCCUUGGUGGAGCACGCAGCCGACGAGGCUCGGGACAGGAUCAGCCGGCUCCUCCCAGGGGGCAAGAUGGGUUAUCUGAAGAAGAACGGGGACGGCAGCCUGCUCUACAGCGUGGUCAACACGGCCGAGCCAGACGCCGACGAGGAGGAGACCCACCCCGUGGACCUGAGCUCGCUCUCCAGCAAGCUGCUCCCGGGCUUCACCACGCUGGGCUUCAAAGACGAGAGAAGGGGCAAAGUGACGUUUCUCUCCAGCGCCACCACCGCGCUGUCAAUGCACAACAAUUCCGUAUUUGGCGACUUGAAAUCGGACGAAACGGAGCUGCUGUAUUCUGCCUACGGAGACGAGACGGGUGUGCAGUGCGCACUGAGCCUGCAGGAGUUUGUGAAGGAUGCUGGGAGCUACAGCAGGAAGAUGGUGGAUGACCUCCUGGACCAGAUCACCGGCGGGGACCACUCACGACUGCUCUUCCAGCUGAGGCAGAGGAGAAAUGUUCCAGUAAAGCCUCCAGACGAAGUGAAGGCUGGGGACUCGCUGGGCGACGGCAGCUCCGUCCUGGACUUCAUGUCGAUGAAGUCCUACUCUGACGCCUCUCUGGACAUCUCCAUGCUCGGCUCUCUGGGGAAAGUGAAGAAGGAGCUGGAUGCUGACGACAGCCACUUGAACUUGGAUGAGACAGCGAAGCUCCUGCAGGAUCUGCACGAGGCACAGGCAGAGCGCGGGGGCUCCCGGCCGUCCUCCAACCUCAGCUCUCUGUCCAACACCUCCCCCUCUGACAGGGACCAGCACCACCUGGGAAGUCCUCGCCUCAGUGUCGGGGAGCAGCCGGAGGUGACCCAUGACCCGUACGAAUUCCUUCAGUCUCCAGAGCCUGCAGCUUCUACGAAGAGCUAGCCUUGUAGUCUUCCAUUAUUUUUUUAAUUUUUUUAUUUGCAUGUACAGAGUUUUUGUCUUGAGACAAAGACUUUCCUUUUGUCCCCUUUGGCGAGUGGGAAGCAGCCCCGGGGAGGUGGUGAGUUGUCUCUGAUAUCAUGUCGGCCGUGCACAGAUCCAGUGUGUCUGUGCACAGCCCUGUGAAUCCUGAAUAGUGGAGAUCACACAGAACGGUGUGUGGCCGAUGGGGUCGAGCUGGCGUGUGUUUGAGCUUUGCGCUGUCUGUAAAGCCCAUCUGUGCCGCCGGCCUG